AUGGAUGGGGAAUCAGAGGCCAAACCUCGAGUAGAGGAGGAGAGCACAGCCCCAGAUAAGGAACCCAUGGACACAGACACCACUCCCUCAGAACAAACUACACCCCCUAUGAGAACCCAGGCUCCUGUCACCAAAGCAAUAGAGGAACCCUCCAGGGUUAUAGAGAACAAUGACGACGAUGAUGACGUGGUGCUGGUGGAAGAGGCCCAGUCUCCCUCUGCUACUCCCUCUUUCCAAGCUGCCUCCACACCCACAGACUGCACUGAGCCCCACCCCACUGAAACAGAUACCACAGCAAUGAUAAACACGACAACAGCCACAGCCCCCGCCAAGAUCCCCAGUCCACCCGCCACCUAUUCUGCAGCACCUACAGAGCCCAUCGUCAUUGACGAUGAGGAGGAUCCCGGGCACAGAGGCUUUUCCUCACUUGCCACAGCCGGAGGCCCUUCUUCAGAUAGCGAAGGCAUACUGAGCAGCACAGAGCCCGAUUCUGAGAUAAAGAUUGCCAGUGUCACAACGCUGGGGCCCUCUGUUGCCACGGCAGCUACAGCAGCCGAGCCAAUGGUGGAAGGGGACAUGAACCUGGUGAUCACCAGUGUGACGUCACUGCAGGGCGGGGUGGGCAUGGUGGAGAAUGGCUUGCAGAUCAGCAGCACCUUCAGUCUGAAUCCUGAUGCCCAGAGCUCCAUCAGCACCAACAGGCUCCCAGCCACCUUCAACCCUGGCCGGGUUAGCAACACCUCCACCACUAGCCAGCCUCUACAGAACGGAGACACGGUGACCCACCAGACGCCUGAUUCGUGGAUCUCCCAGUCGGCCUCGUUCCCGCGAAACCAGAAACGGACGGGGGUGGACUCUACAUCACCAGCCGUAUCCCUGCCCAAACCACCCGGCCCCUCCCCAUCAGGCUCACAGAACCCCCCUCGCACUGUCAAGGUGACCUGCGCCAAUUGUAAGAAGCCUCUGAAGAAAGGCCAGACUGCUUACCAGCGGAAAGGGUCCACACACCUUUUCUGUUCCACCACCUGCCUCUCUUCCUUCUCACACAAACCUACCCCUAAGAAGAGCUGCACCAUGUGCAAAAAGGACAUCACUACAAUGAAGGGCACUAUCGUGGCCCAGGUGGACUCCAGUGAAUCGUUCCAGGAGUUCUGCAGUACAGGCUGUCUGGGAGCCUACGAGAAUAAACAGAAUCCACCCAAGUCCUCCCUUAAAACUAAGUGCACUGUCUGCAGCAAGCUCACUGAGAUCCGCCAUGAGGUGAGUUUCAAGACUGUCACGCAUAAGAUCUGCAGCGAUGCCUGUUUCAACCGUUACCGCAUGGCCAACGGGCUCAUUGUGAACUGCUGUGAGCAGUGUGGUGAAUACCUGCCCAGCCGCGCCACCGCCAACCACUUCCUCAUCAUCGAUGGCAAGCAGAAACGCUUCUGCUGCCAAAACUGUAUCAGUGACUACAAGCAGGUAACAACCAGUCAGAACUGUAUCAGGGACUACAAGCAGGUAACAACCAGUCAGAACUGUAUCAGGGACUACAAGCAGGCCAACUCUAAGAUGACGAUGUGUACUGGCUGUAGGGCCAUGGUCCGGUCUAGUGAAGUAACUCACUGCAUCGGGGCCAGCGGCACAAUGGAACCAUACUGCUCCACAGCCUGCAUGAACAAGACCAAGAUCGCCAGCAGCGCUACCACUAUCCUCCAGCCCACGUGUCACUUCUGUAAGAAGACAUCGUUACCUCAGUACCAGGCAUCACUGCCUGAGGGAAAGGUCGUAAACUUUUGCAGCUCAAUGUGUGUCACCAAGUUCCAGAAUGCAACCAUUCAUAAAGUAACCAAUGGACAAGCUCCCAUGUCUACAACGAACCACAACAUCCAGCUCAAAUGUAAUUACUGUCGAGGAGCAUUCAGCCUAAAGCCUGAAAUCCUGGAGUGGGAGGAUAGAGUUUACCAGUUCUGCAGUAAAAUAUGUUGUGAGGACUACAAGAAGCUGCACUGCAUCGUCACGUUCUGCGAGUACUGCCAGGAGGAGAAGACACUCCACGAGACGGUCAAGUUCUCUGGAGUCAAGAGGCCCUUCUGCAGCGAAGGUUGUAAGCUGCUGUUCAAGCAGGACUUUGCCAACCGGCUGGGUCUGAAGUGUGUCACCUGUAACUACUGCACUCAGCUGUGUAAGAGAGGAGUGACCAGGCAGCUGGCCGGUGUUUCCAGGGACUUCUGCAGUGAAACCUGCGCCAAGAAGUUCCAUGAGUGGUACUACAAGGUGGUGCGUUGUGACUGCUGUAAGGUACAGGGGAACCUGACUGAGUCGGUACAGUGGAGAGCAGAGAUGAAGCACUUCUGUGACCAGCAGUGUCUCCUCCGUUUCUACUGCCAGCAGAACGAACCCAACCUGGAAACACAGAAGGGCCCAGAGAACACCAGACUUGGAUUUGGAAUACAAACAGAGGCAACCAACAUUGCGAUGUUGAGUCAGCCGUACACCGGGGGAGGGAUCCUAAAGGAUGUGAAGAAUAAAGCUGUACUCUGCAAGCCUCUCACUAUGACCAAGGCCACCUACUGCAAACCACACAUGCAGAGCAAGCUCCUACAGACGGAUGAGGAUGACGGGGUGAAGAGGGAGUACAUUCCCGUGCCCAUCCCUGUACCCGUGUUCAUCCCCGUCCCCAUGAACCUCUACGCCCAGGUUACACCCAUGCCCAUCACACUACCCAUGCCGGUUCCAGUGCCGGUAUUCCUGCCGACCACGAUGCAGGGUGCAGAUCAGAUUGUCCAGACCAUCACAGAGCUUAAGGCCAAAGUCCCUACUGACCCCCACGAGGCUGACCUCCUCUCCAUAGCUGAGAUGAUCGCAGAGGACCAGAAGCCAGAUGUUAAGAGGGAGCGAGGAGGAGAGGCCAGGUCCAGCAGCUCCAGUAGCAGCAGCUCUGAAUCGGAUGGGGAGGAUGAAAAGUAUGAACCAGACCUGGACCUGGAGAACGACUUUCCUCAAGGUACGACGACUGAACAACAUCUGACCACUCGGAGACACUUUCUCGUGCUGUCCUUCUCUAUCGUGGAAAAUGACCCUGUCCCUGCGCUGGAGGACAUGGACAUGGGGUUCACCCUGCCCCCUCUCCUGGCUGAGGAGAAGGAAGUGGCACCCAGAGCCAGGAGACAGGGACACAAGAGGCGAGCUGUGGAGGGAGACCCUUCCUCCCCCUCCCCCCCUACACCAGAUGGUCCUGUGGAGGGGCGCUCGCUACCCCUGAGAUCUCGCUACGCGAUCAACGCCUGGAGAAGUUGGGCGCUGUCCUCAGCUGAACAAUCAGAACCUCCACCGGCCCGGUCGACGAGUAACCCGCUCUCUCUGAAAGCAUCAGAACUCAACCUGGCCCUGUCACGAUUUGUCCAUGAGGUACGGCGGCCCAACGGGGAGUGCUACGCCCCCGACAGCAUCCUCUAUCUCUGCCUGGGCAUCCAGCAGCAUCUGCAGGCCAAAGGCAGGAAAGAUGACCUGUUCGGUGACCUGUGCUAUGAGCCGUUUGGAGAGGAGCUCAACAAGGUCCUCAAAGACUGGCAGCCCAGCGUGAUGCCUGAUGGCUCUCGGUGGGGCCGUGUGGAGGAGCAGUGCCUGUGGAGCUGUAAGCUGCUGGGGGAGCAGAGUCCUGCAGCAUUGCUGCGUUCCCUGGUCUAUCUCAACACCAAGUACUUUGGCCUGCGCACCGUGGAGCAGCACCUGCGCCUCUCCUUCAGAAAUGUCUAUGGCCCCGACCACACAGACCCAACCACACAGGAAACCACUGUCUGCAUCUGCAUCCCCUCCUUCUCCCCACAGGACCACCACUUACCAACAGGGUCCAGGAAGAGGAAACGUAAAGAGGACAGUGAUGCAGCCUACGAGCCAGACGACGGCUCGGGAAGCUCCACACACUGUCCAGUCAAAAAGCACGAGGGCAGAUUCUACGAACUCUACCGUUCCAAAUGCCCAGGGUCGUUGAGUCAGCGUAUGGAUGUGUUCUAUAUGCAGCCAGAGUCAUCGGGCAGCAGCAGUGACAGUGACAGCUCCCUGUGGUACUCCUCUACUCCUAUGGACCGCAGUGUCCUGGAGAGCAUCCUCACCCCUCUCCUUCUGGUAAAAGACAUCUACAGAGAGCGCCAUCUAGAAGAAGAGGAGGAGGUAGGCGGAGAAUAGUCCACUCUUCCGUCAUCACAGAGAAGAGUCCGCUUAUGCUCCAUGUUCCAUCCGCAACAACAUUACAACUGGGUUGCUGCGUUCUCCGUUAGUAAUUCCACCAUUUCACACCGAUCUCAGGCCAGCUGUGAGCGUACAGUGGAUGUCCGGUUGGAAGGGACUACACAUGCCCAGAGCUGAUCGGAGGAAGGUGUUUCCCUGAAGGGCCAAGGAAGGGGACUCUGACUGCGAGUAGCUAGGGUGAUAUUGGAGUGUGUCGUGUGAAAGGCAAUUCCCCAAAAACUGUUGCCCUUCCUUCCAUAGGGGAACUCUGUUCACGUGAUGUAGCAUUACUUGCUAAGCCCAGAUUGGGCUGCUAUGCUGUGUAACUAUUUCUGAAAGUCAAAAGUAGUAGAUGGGAAGAGACAGAGACAUCCACAAGAAAUGCCCACCAAAUCCUCUGCUUUGACCCCCAGAAGCCUUUUUAAAGAUGAGACAUUUAUUUAUUGCGGUUGAUUGAUUGCUUCUAUUGUACAUUUCUUAUUUUUACGCCGGGAUGGGAUGUGCCAUUUUCCUCUCCUCCAUUAAGAGCAUUAAUUAGUUGAUCAAUUAAAUCUGCUGCAGCCUGGAGCUCUCCUGUGUCCCUGUCUUUCCCUUUGUCCUGAGGGGGGCUGUAGGGGUACUGUCUGGGGAUUCAGAGUAGUUGCAAGUUCGAGUAUGAAGGAGAUGGUAUCCUGCCGAAAGACUAUAUUUUGUCAGUUUGAAUUCCAUUUUUUUGUUGUCGCAUUUAAGCUAUUUGAUGUUUAUUAUUUAGUUGAAAACAUAACACUUGAUAAUGGGUGAUGUAUUACUCCCAACUAAUAAGUGAUAAUCUGUUAAAAUGGCAACAACUGAAACUGUUUGUGUUGUAACUAGGGUGGUCAGAUCUCUUUCAGGAGUAGCACAUUAUAGACCUGCCUGGUUACGUUUCCCAAAUUCACUCCAUCUCCAGGCAUCCAAGUUACAAUAGAAAGCUCUGAAUUUGUCUCCCCCCCCCUUUAAGUUUUCUUUUAUUUUCUAUCAAUAAAUUACACAAGCGAAUACCUCGUUUUUACGUUGACUUCUGAAUAGGAUUUUGUUUGUGUUUUAGUUUUCUUUGAAUGACACAUGCCUUGCCUAUUGACUUCCAUGUAAUGUCUGGAGACCACGCUUCGAAGCUGGAGGGUGUCUGGAUCGAGCCUGUCAAGGAAAGGAAAAGUCGCGGUUGGGUCUGUGAAUGACCGGCUGGCUCUGAAGCCUAAUGUGAAUGUGCCUAUCUGUGUGUACUGAAAGUGUGUGUAACUUCACGAGAGGUUGAUGCCGUGUGGGCUGACAUGACAAAAUAAAUCAUUUCAUUUCUUAA